CUGUGGAGCUUUACAACUCGAAACUGGAGCCGAACAAAUAAAAAAAUCAAUAUUUUUUUCUUUGGUUUCCAGACAUAACAAACAACAGAAAUAAAAUAACACGACACCGCCCAAACGGAGCCGAUCGGAACGGGGAAAUAGUAAGAGUGAUUAGGUUGUCUGAGUCGGGAGCAAACCCUCUCGAGGAGACGAAACCCCAACCAUUGCGACAUCUCCCUCCUCCUCCUCCUCCUCCCUCGAGAUUGGAGAUUGAGAGGGUCGGCGACGAGAAGAAGCCGGUGGUCGCCCGUAGUCUCCUGGAACGGCGGCUUCAGCUUCACGCUCCAGUUCUACGGCGCCAAUCCCGAUUCCGCCACCUUUCUGCGACAUCGUAUUAGCCCUUAGUACUGGCGAUGGCGCACACUCUUGAAGUAUGCCGAUAGUUUAUGAACUUGAUGGUGAGCACAUCGAUUCUUCCUUUUAUCCAGAUCAAGUUAUACAAAUUUUGUUGGCCAAAUACUUCUCGUUAAUUGCUGUGGACUGUUCUCAAGAAAUACACCGUCAAUGCCGGUCCGAAACCUGGAUUAAAAAAGCAGAGGUGCGCAUUCGGCGCAGCCAUAUAAAGUUUUGCAGAUCUCAUACACAUGGAUCUUAAUCACAUUCUGUACAGGCCUAGGUCGUCAUAUCCGGGAGCUAAAUGGUGGGAAAAGAUCCACAGACACUUGGGUCAUUAGAGGUUGUUGUUGUAUUUGCGGCCCUACUAGUGCAGAAGAUUCUUGAAACAUGCACUGAUGAACAUUGUGCAAUCUUGCUCGAUCACAUAAAAGUUGAUCUGCAGGCUUUGGAGAAAGUUGCCUACAAGAAACAUAUGGUUGCUUGGGCAGAGCAGUCAUGUGGUGAAGAUGACAAAGUUGUGUUAUGGAUGAACACAGUUUCUCCUCCUGUGAAUGAUUGCAAAUAUGAAGCAGCCAAAGAUGCGUUAGCCCCUGCUCUGAUUGAGUGCUUGAUGAUCAUUGGAUCUGUCUUCGAAGCUCAUCGUAUCCUUUGGGGCAUCACACGAAGCAUAGAUUUCGACUUUAAUUAAACCAACCAACCAACCAACCAGAUUUAUGUCAGAGUAACGUGAUACAAAUGAUACAGCAUGAUGAUGAUGAUGAUGCCUGUGGUAUACAUCCCCUUGAUUUACACGAAACAGUGGUGUAACGCUGGGUAUUAAUAUAUAAAUCCAGCUUAGUGUCCGAUGGUACAGAGGUUAUUGAAUUGGAGCUGCAGUCGACAAAGACUAACGCGUGUAACAACUGAGAAUGAUACUAUGAAUGAUGAUUAUUCUGACGAUUGGAGA